CCCCAACCACCCUCAAUGGCUACAUAUUAUGCUAUACUGGUUAUGUAUUUUACUACAUUAUAGUAUCUUGAGCAUAUCACUCGGAUAUCCCAACAAAUUUCUCGAUUCGAUACGAUGACCUUCCAUCUACCUCUCCAUCCACCUCCGAGACGGAUACACGCAGCGAAGUACAUUGACACAUUUGACGAAUACACAUAAGGGUCUUGCUGCGCGAUGGGGAAAUACAAGAAAUACGUGGAGAAAUGCGAAGCCUGGCUGGAGCAGCGUGCAAAGGCAAUAUGGACGAACCUCCAGACCAACCAUCUCUGGCAGCGUAUACUUAAGAACACUAUCGCAACCACAAUAGCCGUAAUAAUUGCGAUAAUUCCGUCUAUUGCCCGCGUAUAUGGAAAAGCCGCCUACCUCGCCCCGUUGACCACCGUCUUCGGGCAUCCCGGAAGAAGAUUCGGCAUGAUGGCUGAAGCGCUCGCGCUCUCCGUCGCGGGAACGUUCCUUGGACUUGGCUGGUCGAUGCUCGGCCUCUACUUCUCUUCUCUUAUUUUUCACACGAAUAAACCUGCUGCUUACACAAUCAAAGGCGUGUUCUUAGCAAUCUCAUUGCUGUUCCAUGGGAUACUGAGGUCGCAUACGCCGAGAUUGUUCCUCUUUGUCUUGUUGCUGGUUAUUGUUACAGUGGUUACGUUGACGGGCACUGCAACAACGGUUACAAAGAUGGCGGUUACACAGCUGUUGUACCCGAUUCUGACUGCUGUGGCAGUAAUACUGCUGGUCAACAUAUCUAUCUUUCCGGAGUUCUCAUCUAGAUUUCUGGGUAUUACAACGAUCGAUACGCUUGGAGCGACGGUAGGGGCCCUGAGAGAUGCUGGGAAGUAUUUUGUCAACUCUAUUGAAGCCUCAGAGAAAGACAUGGGAGAUAAGCCUCUUGAAGCCACUGGACGUGAUCCAAACGAGCCUGCAACUGCAGCCGAGGAAUCUAAGGAGAAAACCACCGCGGAUGCGAACCCUUCUCUGGUGCAAAGAAUCUUGCACUCAUUUCGAAGCCAGAAGAAUGUGACCCCCAAGCCCAAGACGGAUGAGAAACCCAAGAAAGUCAAACUCAAAACAUUGACGGACCUGAAAUCAACGCUACGUGCAAAGUUAGCCAGCUGCAAGGCAGCCCAACAAGAGUGCAACUUUGAACUGGCCUGGGCAGUGCUGCCACCCAAAGAUCUGAAACCCAUCAGCGUCACCGCAAUGAAGGAACUCGUCGCAAACGUCAUUGCUUUAAUUGGAGCCUGUGAGAGCAAGUAUGCUUUGAUGGGUGACCGGGACGAUAAGACGGAAACAGAGACCAAAGAAGAAGAUCAUAUAAAGCGUAAGGAACAACCAGCUAAUGGCGAUAUUGGCGAAGAUUCAAGACCUGGAACUGGAUAUGAUGGUUCACAUACGCCUGACGUUUCACGUGAUGAUACCGACGAAGGGGCUGAGUCUGGUAAAGAGAAGAAGCGGAAGAGGAAGACAAAGAGCGAGAGUAAGACGGAGCUCGAAAAGGACAUCGAAAUGGUCAAGCCUCGCAAGGAGAUCGAGUUCGGUGACAUUGAUUUACUGAAGCAUCUCGUAAGUCGCAUCGCUAAACCCCUCGCGGAUCUUCAAGAGAGGAUCGAUCGAAGUGUUGAUGUUAUAACAUCAUGUCUGGCAUACUGCUAUGAUGUCCCAAAACUUCCCUCGGGAGCGCGACGUCCGGCAGGCAUUCGACUGGAGGAAAUUGACAUCCACAUCGAUACCUUGGUGGAGGCACUCCAGGGUUUCGACAAGGAUUCUGCUGCCGCUCUCGAGAGGGCUGCAGCACUUGAAGAUUUGGACCAUCCUAGCGUUGACAUCAUGCCACGUAUGGAGAUCUUUUUGAUAUCUUCCUUCUUGUUGAAUCUGCGGCAGGCCGCAUUCCAUACUUUGACGAUGCUCAGGCAUUCUCGAGUUAUUGUGGACAAAUAUCAAGCCCGACAUGGUCGACAGAGGCUUUAUGUCCCGAAGAUCCAUUGGCGGAAAUGGCUUACUUCUGGGGGUGAAGAGGAUAUGCUCGCGUUGCCUGAAGCCGGUCGAAAGGAAGCUCGAACUGGUAACAAAGAGGAUAAGGAGGGUCCAGACGAAGAGUCCUCUGGGACAAGCGAGGAGCUUCUGGCGAAAAAAAACGAUAUAGAGUCAGCUGCAUUAAAUGGCUUUCAGGCACCGCAGCCUGCAACACGUACCACAGGAUCGAAGAAAGUUGUCCAGCUAAAAGUAGGCACUCUCAUUCACAAACUACGAAGUGCUCUUGCGGAUACCGUCGAAUACCUACUUGGAAGCGAGGACGUUGCUUAUGCUAUCAAACUCACUGUCGCCGUUUUCCUCGUGUCAUGGCCUGCCUUCGUAUACAAAUGGAAUACGUGGUAUUCUUUAAAUCGAGGACUCUGGGCAGCCCUGCAACUUAUACUCAUUACUGAAGUUGCUCUCGGAACUUCGGUAAUGACUUUCACACUACGAGCAUUCGGGACAACGGUCGGGUGUCUAUGGGGCUGGGCUGCGUAUGAAAUUGGCGGUGGUAAUCGGGUUGUGGGUGUUGUAAUGUUGGCAAUCGGCGUCGUUCCCUCGGCCUAUAUCCAACUUGGGUCGAAAUACGUCAAAGCAGGAAUGGUUUCGAUUAUUUCUAUGUCCAUCGUUUUGCUCGCCACAGAAGACAAAACGGUCCCCGGCUCAGCGACUGAGAAUUUCCUCAAACGGUUUAUCGCAUUCCUCAUCGGUGGUGUCGUAGCUCUAAUUGUGGAACUUGUUCUCUUCCCUGUCAGAGCCAGAGACCGACUCGUUGAAUCCCUCGCCGCCUCAAUACGACAAAUCAUUGAAAUGGAAGGAUGUCUCGCGUAUGGUAUCGAUACCGAAGCCAACGUUGAUGCUCACUCAGCUGUCGUCUCCGCUCGCUUUCAGCUCGCAAGAGGGAAGGCGGAUGGCGCCUUAGCAGCAGCUGAGACCUUCUUACCCUUUUGCGCCAAUGAACCUCGUCUCAAAGGCUCCUUUAAAGGUCUCGCUCUCAUCUAUUCCGAAAUACUUUACGUCCUCCACUCCAUCGUUGACAAAAUGGACAAUAUGCACCAUCUUCGCCAAGCAUAUGGCUCCGGUGUCCUGGAAGAACUGAACACCGAGGUAUACCCCUACCGUCGGAAUGUUGCAGGCUCAGUAACACUCAUCCUCUUUGCCGUCCACGAAGGGCUUACCACCAAGCUUCCUCUUCCACAGUUCUUCCCCUCUGCCCGCCUCGCGCACUUGCGGAUGGUUAAUCGGGUGAGAGAGGUCAUACUUUCAAAAGAACCCACUGAUCUCCAACAUCACCGUGAGAGUGGAAGGACCGAAAUCGAACUGUCGAUGGUGAAGCGUGUCAUCAGACAGAAGUUCCUCAGCUGGAUGGCGGCUAGUGCGGGUCAAAUCGAGGUUAUUGAGUAUUUAGAGGAGUUGAUCGAUUUGGUCAAGUUGCUAGUUGGAGCGAACGAGUUCCGCAGUGGAUUGCUUACAAGGCCGACGUACAGAGAAUAUGUGGAGCGGAUCAGCCGAGACUAUGGAAAGCCACCGGUAGAUGGUGCCCCAGAUGCAACGAGGAAUGCUGAACAAGAUGAACGUCGAGACACGUUCCCAGAGCUGGACCAGGAACCCCGGAAAUUGGGGUUGAGGAAAAGAAGGCCGUCCCUCGCCAGGAAGCAACCACAUGAGUUGGAGCGGAAAAACAGUCGGGCGACUGAUGAAGAGGAAUUGGAAAGACGGAGGCAGGCGGAAGAGGAAGAAUUGCCGAUGCCGUUACAGAGAGUUAGGACGAGAAGACAGUCCGUGAUGAACAUUACUAGAACUGAGAGCAGGGACCAUGAUGUAGAGAUUAUGAGGGGUGGGAAACGUGCUGAUAGAUCGCCAUAGAAUUGUAAGGCCCGAGCCUCUGCGUAUAUACCCCUGGAGUUAUUGUAUGAAGUUGAAUAUCAAAAGACAAAUUAAUCUAUAAGUAAAAUAAUACUCGAU